AUUUUGGAGUCUCAAGAAAAAGAAUGGAAGAAUCAAACCUUACAGGAAAUACAAAGGUGUUUGAGUUUUCAGAGGAGAAGAUGAGUAAAGUUUCAGAAAUAAUAUCAAACUCCAUGUUUUUCACUAUGACAUGCAGCAGCAAGACAGAAGCUCAGAUGUGUUCAAUUCUCCUUCUGGAAUUCUUGUACUUUUCACGAUAUAAAAAGACGGUGCAAAGAUAUUUUGGAGGAAGUGCUGCAGAAGGAACCAAUAUAAAAACAAGUGAUAUUGACAAAAUGAUAGUGGGUCCUAAUAUAUAUGUUUGCUCCGAUCCAGCAGAAGGACAGAUGGUUCGAGGUCAUGUAUUUUUAGUUGACUCGAGUGACUGCUCUCAAGGGCAUGCUAAACUUGUUCUUUUAAAAACAGAUGAAACGAUACCAACGAUAUUUGAUGAACAUGGCAAAACUCUUAAUGACAUGCUAGAAGAGAGACAAGAUGGUAAACGUCUGCUCUCUAACGAAAAAGUUGUUAGUUUUUGGAUGAACUUUCUUCAAAAGAGAGAAACUGCAACAGGACCUCCAGGAACAUCUCGCCAUGGACCAUGUGCAACUGCAAAGAAUACAGAUCCGCAGGGCUAUAUAAAAAGUAAAAUAGGAGGCGUUAUAGAACAAGAUUUUGCACACGGUAUUCCCUUUUGCAGCCAUCCCCCAGUAGGAAAAGAUUGGUUAAAGGAUAGAGAAAACUUUAAGUGGCCAUCAAAGAAAGUGGUAGAGAAAAUAAAAUCACUAACCUGCCAUAUUGUUGCUGUUGGUGAUAAAAUGUCCGAGCAUUCCGAUGUAGAAUGGAGGAUUUCUUAUCUGUUGUGGGAGCGAGAACUUGUAUGGAGUUUUAAUGACAUACAACUGCAAUGUUAUGUUUUAUUAAAAGUAUUACUGAAGAAAUACAUAGAUCCCGUUGCUCCGGAAGAAUUGAGCUCUUACCAUAUGAAAACAAUUGUGUUUUGGGAGUCAGAAAAUAUUAUUGACAACUUUUGGCAUCCAAAAUACCUUAUUCAAUUUGCACGAAACUGUUUGCUAUGUUUGAAAGGCUGUAUUUUAAACUGCACUCUUAAGCACUUUAUAGACCGUGGAAAAAAUCUCUUUUUGUGGAGAUUGCGAGAUCCGAAAGUAAAGGAUGCAAUGCUUAAUGUUAUUGAAGAGAUCAUUCAAAAUAUAAUACGGUACUCGAUGCAGUGUGUUGAAGGCAUUGAUUUGAACACAACUUUGGAAAACAGCGAUGGAAAUGUGGAGGAAUUCCUUCGUAAGUGUAGACUGGACCAUGACCCGCGGAUAACAUACGAUUUCAAUGAGUCUAGAGAACCAUUAAGAUUAUUCCAUUAUGGCGAAGCAUCCUCGCUAAAUGUUAACGUUGAAACAGUCCUAGCCGAUUUUAGUACACUUGCACGGUACAAGGAAUCGUUUGAGGAAAAUGAUAGAUAUAUUAAAGAUGUCCAUGCUAGCAUUAAGAUUCCUGUGAAGAAAUUUAUUCACAUAAGAUCUGCCAUGAUUUUGGCUAAACAAAUGCUACUUUCCAAAUCGUUUUCAAGUGAAGAGUUUCAAAAGCUUACAAACUUUAUGGAUGAAAACUCCGACCUUGAUGCUGUCUCUGGUAAAUUGUACGUAGCAACAUGCUUUGUUGCUUUCAAAAAGUAUGACAAAGGGGCUGAAGUUAUGAAAAAGAUUUAUGCAGCCUCUAAAAAAUCUGAUACAUUGAUAUAUGCAGGUUUGUGUUCAGAUUGCAAAUCAAUGUGUGUUUCCGGUGGAACACUUAUACAAGACAGAGGACUUCCUCGAUGCUCACUACCUCAAACUAAAUACCUUUCGAUCUUCCAUGAUGUUAUCUUUGCACAAGGAGAUUUGCCACUUUUGCCUGACGCAUUAAAGUUUGAAUGCUUCGUCGACAAGGUUUUCCUUGUUCAUCCAUCGGUGUAUUUGCUUUAUCUUAAAAUUUUGUGUAGCAAAUUUACAGAGAAAAGGGACAAUAUAAGUCAAUUGGAAAAUGCAGUGUAUGAAUGUGAUGUUACUUUACACACUUAUAGGCAUUUUAACAUUUUAGGGUAUUGUUAUUUUGAAAAUGGAGACUAUGAGGAGGCAUUUAAAUGUUACAGAAUAUCUUUUUCGCGAACUGUGGAUAACGGUAGACCAAAUGCUGUCAUUUAUAUGUUGCCUAUUCUGGUAUACAGUAUCCUCCAAAACCAAAGAUUUGAUUCUGAUAGUGAAAUCAUUUAUCAAAGAUAAAAUGUUAAAAGAUUCUAAUUUGAAAAAAAACCCAGAUUUUUUUCUGUACGAAUUAUAAAUGGUCA